AUGUUCGAUGUGAACGACCUAAACUUCUUUCGACAUUUUCUUUUUGAAGCAUAUCCUUCUCUCCCUAUCGAUGGCUUCACUGUGUGGCAGCAAGCCUCACAGCUUUCACAUCAGUAUGACUUCUUGUUGCACUCAAUGCUAGGACUCGGUGCAUCUCAUCUAGGGUUAUUGACACCUUCUGGAUAUGAAAAAGCCGCCUUGAAGCAUCGGGUUAUUGCAAUCGGCGCACUGAACAAGCACCUCACAAAGGCCAUUUUCACCCAACAAGAUGCUGAAGCAGCGUUUGGCGCAAUGCUCAAUUUGACAUUUCAAUCUGCAUAUAUGAGUGAUGGACUUGUUGGCUUUCUCACAAUGGUUCGUGGCUGCUGGCUCGUUGGCACGCAACCUUCUGUCAACUUGGAUUACACCAUAUUCAAAACAUUCGGCAGAGUGAGUUAUCUUGACAAGAUAAAGGCUAUUGUUCACGAGGACGACCAAUCGAAUCAUUACCUAGACAAACUCAUCGCUGAGGGAUUCUGUCAAAGUGUUCAGAAACUAGGACCGCUAUGUCACAGCGUUCCUGAGCUGCAGUAUUUGGCACAUAUGCAGAAGAUUGCAACUCUUGCGUCUACGAAUCCUGCUGAGAGCUAUCGUGAACUUGCCUUUCUCUAUGACGGGCUGGGCCAUCUUAGCAGCAGCGAUUUUGCUUCAUUCAUCGACACCGAGAACUAUGCUUCCCAGCUCGUCAUAAUGCACAUGCUUGUUUUAGAGUUUGUCAUGAGCCGUAAGGCGGUUGAAGGAGACCAAAGGUCAUCGAUGGGCCAGAAAGGGUACUACUUUAGAAAAGCCACUUCAAAGGGUUGGGUGCAGCAGAUACUCAACAGGCUUCCGUCAGAGUACUACGAGUACGGCGAGUGGCCGUUGAGAUUCAUCAACAGUUUGAAUUACUCGUUUGAUGGCGAGGACCAGGUUUGGAAGCCCUUCUUGCUGAGCAGUGGUAUGGCGAUAUUACAAGGGGGAGAUGCGCUAUCUUUGGUUAUGCCAUAA